AUGACUCUCGAAAACGAUGCCGUGGCAGGCGCAACCAUUGAACUCCUUGAAUCGCGUCUCCGUCGACUCACCUACCUCCUGACCGGCGACGCCAACUGGACCGGCAUCCCCACGGCGCCCGCCAAACCGGCGUCUCUGGAAGAGAGCAUCUCGCGUCGUCUCCUCCACCUCGAACGAGACCUAGAACGACUCAGCAGGAAUAACCCCGCCGUGCGGGAUGUUCUUGUUCUUCGUAUGGCAUACCCUCUCUCCUUUACUGUCCAAAUCUCCCAAUCCCAUUCAACUUCAAUCCUAUCCCACCCCAAACACUCAAACUCAAAUUACCAACUAUCCCCAUCCAAGGAAAGACCAACUAACUGUCCCACCAACGCAAAUCGCAAAACAACAGACGACCGCUUCCCCGACCUCUUCCACGCGACCCCCCCACAAACCCUCCCGGAGAACCUAACAACGCAAAACCUUGCCUCGAUCGUCCUUUCCUACGCCUCCGCCUUCCCCGAGACCUCGUCACGAUUAACCUCCCUCAACGACCUCCCGAUCCCCGACGCCCAGGCCUCGGCGUCCCUCAUCGAGCUCUCGCCGCGCCUGGCUACGUUGGCGCAGACGCAGGAAGCCCAGGCGUUAGAGAUCUCGGAGCUACGGGUGCGGACGGCGCGGGCGCUGCAGCGCUGGUAUGAGAUUGCGUUGGUCGGGGGCGGAGAGUGCUGGGCUGAGUGGGAGGGGAGAUUGGAGGAUGUGGAGAGGGAGGUUAGGAGGGAGGAGGUGGUGAGGGAGAGGAGGGCGAAAGAGUUAUGA